GCCGCCAUGACCCACCGCUGCAGGAGAUCCUCUGGUCUCUGGAAGAUUGUGGUGUGGGAUGAGGCUUUCUUCCAGGGCAAGAAGCACGAGUUCACCGCCGACUGCUACAGCACCCCAGAGCAUGGCUUCAGCACUGUCCGCUCCUGCAAGAUUGAAAGCGGGGCGUGGGCAGGCUUCGAGCACUGCGGCUUCCAGGGGCAGCAGUUUGUGCUGGAGCGCGGCGAGUACCCAUGCUGGGAGGCGUGGAGCGGCAGCAACGCCUACCAUGUGGAGAGGAUGUGCUCCUUCCGCCCCAUUGCCUGUGCUGACCAUGGGCGCAGCAGGCUGAUGCUCUUCGAGCAGGAGAACUUCCAGGGCAGGCGGGGGGAGCUCAGCGAUGACUGCCCCUCACUGCCCGCCCUGGGCUGGGGCAGCAGCGCCGUGGGCUCCUUCCUUGUCCGCUCCGGCGCGUGGGUCUGCUCACAGUACCCGGGGUACCGGGGCUUCCAGUACCUCCUGGAGAGCGACAGCCACGCGGGCGAGUACAAGCACGUGCGGGAGUGGGGCUCCCACGCGCAGACGGGCCAGGUCCAGUCCAUCCGCAGGGUCCAGCAGUGACUGCCGGUGCUGGAGCCACCGUGCCGCCGGCCGCGCG